AGAUGAAAAUAAAACAAAAAAGGAUGUUUUGACAGCUGAUCUAGUGAUCCCAGCUGAUUCGCGGAGAUCUAGGUGAAUGCGACGAUUCGUUUCAAAUCUAGCCAACAAAAUGGUGCAAAUAAUUGAUAUUGGAGCAAACCUGACCGAUCCGAUGUACCAGGGUAUCUACGGAGGGAGCACGAAGCACGUGCCGGAUCUCUCUAACGUGCUCAACCGUGGAUGGACCGGUGGACUGGACCGCAUUAUCGUGACCGUUGGCACCCUUACUGACUGUGAACCUACGUUCGAUAUCGUGAAGAAUGAUGCAAGACUCUACGCUACUGUUGGAUGCCAUCCGACACGGUGCGGCGAAUUUGUGAUUGAUCCGGAAUCAUACUACACCGCACUGUGCCGGCAGAUCGUGGAACACCGUGACAAGGUGGUAGCGAUCGGUGAAUGUGGACUGGACUACGAUCGAUUGCACUUUUGCGAGAAGGACAUUCAGAAGCGCUACUUCGAGAAACAGCUUGAUCUGGCGGAGAAGUACGAUCUGCCGUUGUUCCUACACUGUCGCAAUGCUCACGAUGAUUUUGUCGAGAUUUUGUUCCGCAAUCUGGCGCGACUGCCACGGCGCGGUGUAGUUCAUUCGUUCGAUGGAACGCUGGCUGCAGCGGAGCAACUGAUUGCGAGCGGCUUCUACAUCGGUCUGAAUGGUUGUUCGCUGAAAACGGAGGAAAAUCUGGCCGUUGCAGCGAGCGUACCGGAGGAGUGGAUUAUGGUGGAAACGGAUAGCCCGUGGUGUGAAAUUCGUCCAUCGCAUGCCGGUUCAAAGCACGUGCAAACGAAGUUUCCGGUGGUGAAAAAGAAGGAGAAAUGGGAACCCACUUCCCUUAUCUCUGGUCGCUGCGAACCCGUUAUGAUACUCCAAGUUCUUGAAGUUCUGGCAGGUGUGAAAGGAAAAUCGGUGCCGGUAUUAGCAGCGCAGUACUACAGCAAUACCAUGAAAAUGUUCUUCCCGAAUGAACAAGCUGCUUGUCGUGAGGAUGUAGGUACGAAAUGA